AUGCUAUUGCUACAAGUCGCCAUCAAACCCCUCAGGCCUAGGCUGGCGACCCCAUCUAAGCUGCCGCCCAACGCGGAGCGUCUGACGCCACCCAAGAACCCACGGAAAUGCCAUAUAGAAGAGAGAGAAUUGGAGGGACUAUGGCUGUAUGACAUCACUCAAAAGUCGAAUAGCAGGAGUGACAGAGAACUGAGUCCGCGGCGUCAGCGACGAAUUUUGUACUUUGCCGGGGGAGGGUGGCAGAUGCCACCGAGCAAGAAUCAUUGGACUUUCUGCAUGGAACUUGUCCGACGGCUCGACAACACAACAGUUACGAUCAUCUCUGCACCUCUCGCACCGAAACACCCUGUCUCAGUUGCAUUCCCUUGCAUUCAAAGAGCGUACAGUUCCCUUCUAAGCGAAUCACAUGACGCCGGCGAAAGUGUGAUUGUUGCUGGUGAUAGUUCAGGCGGUAACAUUGCACUAAGUCUCGUGGCUUGGACUUUGAAGCACCCAAAUAAGGAGGUUGCGGACCCACCUGUUGCUGUCAUAGCCAUCAGCCCUACGGUAGACCUUCGUCAUGAACUCCCAGAGAUCAGAGUGGUGGAGAAAUCCGAUUCACUUCACACUUUCGAAUCCAUCAAAGCCACUGCUGAGGCAUGGUGCCCCCCGGAAGCAACUAAAGAGUCGAGCAAAACUUUGCAACGAAAACAAGGGCACAAUCAUGUCUGCUACGACUGGGGAUUGAAUGAUCCAAGAGUAUCUCCCAUACACGCCGAUCUUGGGGUCUUUCUACAACACAACGUCCGCAUAUAUGGAGUAUCUGGGUCAUAUGACGUGCUAGCACCCGAGGCUAUUGCUUUCCGAAAUAAGUGCAAGGAGCGUGGAGUCCCUGGAGAGUGGCUGUCAUGGGAAAGACAGAUGCAUUGUUUUCCUCUGAUGUUCAAAUAUGGGCUCAAAGAGGGUAAGGAAGGCAUAGACUGGAUGAUUCAUGUUCUCGACAAGCACUGA